AUGUCAACGACUCCAUCCCCAUCACUUGAAGAGCCUACUCCGCUAACACCUGUUGAAGAGCACAUAUAUCGUACAUCGCUUUCCCAAAAUGUCGAAGAAAUUCCACCUAUACAGAUAAGGUCAAGCACCGAAGAUGCCAAAUGGGAAAAUACCGAUUCAUUGCGCAAAUUUUUAGACGUAUCCGGACGGAGUCGUGCUGCAGACAAACAUCCCCCAGUAAUCCAAACGCGGAAUUCUGUUGAGUCCCCUAGACCCAAUUGCUUCCCCCCUUUGCAACUUCUGACGCAGCUCCGUCAGCAGGAGUUCGAGAGUGUAAAAGCUUGGCUCAGUCGCACUGAGAGCCAACUAUGGCUGUAUCUGAAGCCGACGUGUCGAGAGUACGAGGUCAUUCUCCGCUGGUUGUUGUCCUGUGGACGACGUGGCGGAGAAUCUGUGACUGCUUCGACCUCACUAACUCUAAAUGAACUUUUACUUCAACUCACCGAGAGAGACGAUUGCCCAACCAAUAAGUCUGUUACAAGCGUUCUAUACGAAAACACAAACUAG